AGCAACAAAGACGAUAAUUUUUCCACGUCUUCCAAAACGUCCCGCAUCUCAGCUCUCUCUGUGACCACCGGACAAACCCCAACUAUCUAUCGCUUGAUUUCUCCCCUGGCCGUCGAUCAGAUGGACCCGUUCUCGCCGGAGGAGUUGAUCUUGGUGGAGCGCGACCCCUCGGGCGUCGCCUUCGUCACCAUCAACCGGCCCAAGUCCCUCAACUCGCUCACCCGCCCCAUGAUGGUGGCCCUCGCGGGCGCCUUCCGCCGCCUCGACGCCGACCCGGCGGUGGGCGCCAUCGUGCUCUCCGGCCGCGGCCGCUCCUUCUGCUCCGGCGUCGACCUCACGGCGGCGGAGGAGGUCUUUAAGGGCGAUGUCAAGGACGACGCGGCCAACCCCGUCGCCCAGAUGGAGCGCUGCCGCAAGCCCAUCAUCGGCGCGAUCACCGGGUUCGCCGUCACCGCAGGCUUCGAGAUCGCGCUCGCCUGCGACGUGCUGGUCGCCGGACGGGACGCCAAGUUCGUCGACACGCAUACCAGGUUUGGUAUAUUUCCAUCAUGGGGCCUUUCACAAAAGCUUUCACGCAUCAUAGGGCCAAAUAGGGCUCGAGAAGUAUCACUCACUGGCAUGGCCCUAACUGCAGAGAUGGCAGAAAAGUGGGGGCUUGUUAAUCAUGUUGUCAGCAAUGAUGAGGUGUUGAAGAAAGCCAAAGAUGUUGCAGCAGCCAUUUUAAGGAACAAUAGAGAUAUGGUGCUGAGGUACAAGUCAGUUUUAAAUGAUGGGUUCAAACUGGACAUGGCCCAUGCUCUUGUCCUUGAAAAGGAGAGAGCUCAUAGCUAUUAUGAUGGCAUGACCAAGGAGCAAUUUGAGAUGAUGAAGAAAUUUAUAUCAGGCCGAAGUACAAAACCCUCUUCCAAGAUGUAGAUGGCCCUUUGUUCAUGUUUGAUAGAAUAAACUUAAAAAGCUUCCCGAUGGAGAAGUUCAAUAAAUUUGAUAUAUAAAACCUUAUAUGAGAGCAUUCAGUUGAGAAACUAAUAACAAUUACUCUGUGAAUUGAAUAUUCUGUAUAUAGCUUUUAUUUUCCUUGUUUGAUCCA